GGGGCGGGGCGGGGCGGCCAUGGCGGGGGCUGUCGGCACCUCCUGCAGCCGCGGCGGGCCGGGGGGGCUGCAGCCGCUCCGCGCCACUGUCCCCUUCCAGCUCCAGCAGCGCCGCGGGGACGGCGGCCGGGCAGCCAGCGUGCCCUGUGCUGCUGCUGGGGAGAAGACGUGCCGGCCCCGGCAGCCCCGCGUGCGGCGCACCUCCUCGCUGGACACCAUCGUGGGCUCCUACCUGCUGGGACAGUGGCCGCGGGAUGCCGAAGGAGCUUCUGCUUCGUGCGUGAAUGACAAAGCUACCCAGACUCCGGUGUCCUGGCAUGACGCGGAAGUGGGGAAAGCCAGCUCCAGUCCUCACAAGCGUUCUGCUUCUUGGGGUAGCACAGAUCACCGCAGAGAGAUUGCCAAACUGAAGCAACAGCUCCAGCGAACAAAACUAAAUGGCAGAAGUGGCAAAGAAAAGGAGAAGAGCUCCCCGCUGCAGGGGGACCGUGAUGUCCUUGGAUCGCUCAGGGACUCUCCUUCAGGCUUCCUUUCUCCGUCUGCUGUUCUGAGGCUCAGCCCCUGCUUGCACAGGAGCCUGGAAGGGCUAAACCAGGAACUGGAGGAAGUGUUUGUGAAGGAACAGGGAGAUGAAGAGCUUCUGAGGAUCUUGGAUGUCCCAGACGGCCACAGGGCACCAGCGCCUGCCCAGAGAGGCUCUGGAGAUGCAGCCCUGACUCUGGAGCCCAGCAGCGGCAGCUGCAGCAGCCUCUCGCUUUCUCCUUCCCCGUCCGUGCCUCUCCGCCCUUCUCCACGCACCCCGGGGAGGCUGGCAGCAGAAGAGCUCUCUGCUGCGGAUGAGGCGCAGCCGGAUCCGAAGGAGAAAGAGGAGGGCAGCCCUUCUCCAGUCCUGGCCUUCGCUUCUUCUCCUCGGCCCAACCACAGCUACGUGUUUAAACGGGAACCUCCUGAGGGAUGCGAGAAAGUCCGUGCCUUUGAAGAAGCCUCCUCCCCCGGCCCCGAGCAGAGCUUCCAGCCUUCCUGCCCAGAUAAGAACAAAGUGCACUUCAACCCCACCGGCUCUGCCUUCUGCCCCGUCAGCCUGGUGAAGCCUCUCUUCCCCAACGUGGGCUUCCUCUUCAGGGGCUUCCCGGCGUCUUCCAGCCCCGGCGCGGGCCCGUUUCCCUCCUGCCAGUCCGCGGCCCCCUCCCCGUUCCUCGGGGUGCGGAAGGACGCUGCGGUCGACGGCUUCGGCGACGUCUCCAAGUCGCCCGCGUUGAAUUACGAACACUGGAAGCGCGGCCAGCCCGAGGAGAGCGUCGUCUUCCACAGCUCCCUGGUGGUGUGAAGCCCAGGGGAAGGCAAGCCAGCAGCAGCAGCUCUGGCUCCUCCGUGUGCGGCUCUCGGCCAGCCCGUGGAGACAAAAGUGCCUUGAAGGUGGGACUUGAGAGCCACGAGGCAGCCCCGGGGUUGAGAAACCACAGCGGGCUUCCUCCGAGGAUGGUAGGAACU